CCCCCAUUGGAGUCCCACCCCCAGGUCUACAUCAUAUGACACAACACUCCAGUCCUAGGAUGACACCACACCCUAGACCUGGAAUGACAGCAUACUUAGGAGACACGACACAGAUGAUUACAAAGACGACGAGCAUCAGUACACCAACAAUUAGUGAUGAAAACAAUAAUGGAACGUUUGGUGUGAAAAGGACCCUAUCAGGCAAGUGUUCUGAAGCAAGUGAAAGCCAGUCGAAUAUGAAGAAAACAAGGACAGACACUGAAGCAAGCACCACUUCUGGUUCACAAGUCGAGACAACAGUCCAUAUGUCAUCCAUCAGCUCCCAAUCUUGUUACAGAAAAUUGGAAAAAAAAAUUGCCGACCUGGAGAAGGAGACGCACAAACUGAAGAAAAGAGUUAAAGAUUUAGAGCAAAGAGCAAGUACUUCUUCCUGUGUGGAAUCCACUCCAGCAGACACAAUUGAAGACCAAGAUAAGCAGUUGAAAGCCUUACUUGCCUUAGUAGCCCAUUUGCCGAGCAACACAGAAAGGGACACUAAUAUUAUUAUAAGGAGAUUAUCAUUACAUGUAUUUUCAAAAGACGAACUAGUCACCUGCACAAGGACAGGGAAAAAAACUGUAAAGGCGGGAGAAGCUCCAAAACCGGCACUUAAUUCUCAAAAAAUGGAAUUGUUAGAAAAAGCGGUCUUUACAAAAUGUCCACAAAUGAUGUUAGAUGCUUUCCGCAAAAAGUUUGACAAUGUGCUCAAAAUGGAACGCAGAAUAAAAUAAGUGUUUUAUUCUGCAUUCCAUUUUGAGCACAAACUGUUUAUGGGGCAUUUUAUUGUUGCAUUUGCAGUGUUCCCCAGAAAAUAACAUUUCUUGUUUGUUUUUAAAAAAGGGUCUUAAUCUGGUGUUUUAUUCUGUGUUCCAUUUUGAGCACAAACUGUUUAGAUGGCAUUUAAUUGUUUUACCCCUACAAACCAAGUUUAGGGGGGUAUAUAGGAGUGAACUUGUCUGUCGGUCGGUCGGUCUGUCUGUAUUAUGUGUCCGCUCUCUAAUAAUUCAAGUUGUUUUCAUCCGAUCUUCACCAAACUUGGUAAGAAGUUGUAUCUGGAAGAUGUCUAGGUCAAGUUCGAAUAUGGGUCAUGCCGGGUCAAAAACUAGGUCACGGGGUCACUUAGUGCGAUUUAAACAUUCAGCAUGUUGUCCGCUCUCUAAUUCGAGUAGUUUUCAUCAGAGCUUCACCAAACUUGGUCAGAAGUUAUAUUUAUAUGAUGUCUAGGAAAAGUUCAAACAUGGGUCAUGGCAGGUCAAAAACUAGGUCACAUGGUCACUUAGUGCGUUUUAAACAUUGAGCAGGUGUGCGCUGUUUUUUGUGAAGACAACAUGCAAAAUAUUCUGUGUCAAUGGGGUGGUGGGGGUAUUUGUCACGUCUGUGAAGCUCUAGUUGCAUUUGCAGUGUUCCCCACCAAUAACAUUCUUGUUUGUUUUGUGAUUUGCAUAAUAAAAUGACAACUCAA